GACCUUUGCUACAUCCCCGGCGCGAAGAAAAGAAGUUGACGAAACCGCUAAUGGUUUGGGAAAAUCUGGUCACCUUGGGGCAGAGGGCGAUUCGAAGGAUCAGAACAACAAGGAACAAUUAGAAGACAGCAGGACUGGAAGCUCGGAAGCGACCAAGAGAGAUAGCCAAUCAAGCGCUUCUCAGCCUUUAGUACAUGAGCUAGCCACUACUAAUGAUGUGGGCAUGGGCGAUAAAGCAAAGAACAACACACAGUCCUUGGCUGUCCAACCUCCCAGGCAGCCUGCUGGCAGCACCGACACUCAACGGCACAGCAUUGCUCGGACUUCUACCGCGGGCACCACAAAGGCCGAUGCACCCGCAGCAACUGCAGCUAUGCAGCUCAUUGCAUCACACACGGACGAGACACUGGAGCGGGACUUCAAGAACCCGCGGGAGAUGUCAGUGGUACAGCAGGCUACGAAUGCGCAGUUGUCAAGGAAAUCAAGCCUCCGCCCUGAGAUCCAGCUACAGCAGCAGUUGAAUCUACAGCGCCAAUACGGUGACCGGAACGACGGGUUCAGCCCGAGGUUGAAAGAGGCGAGAAAGCAGAACCAGCUCCUACCACAGGAGCCGAAGCAAACUAAUACACGAUCCAUAUCGAGGUACACACCCCGUAUAGGGAUCACCAAGUCGUUCAACCAGUCGCCCAAGAAUGACAGCCGAGAGCGCGAGGGAGACAUUGAGGGCUACAAACGCCUGUACACCAAUAACAACAACAAGAGAGCCCUUUCGCCAUACAAACGUGCCAGCGCGCCUCCGAGCCGCACCGCCAGCCGCCAGCAGGUAUGGGAUAGCAGCAACAAGGACAGCGGGCUUUCGUUCGUGGAAGAAGCACGAGCUCUACGCCCAGCCUCGGUUCAGGGAAACACGCGCGAGUCUAUGGAUUCACACACACGUUGGGGCUUCGAUACACGCACACGCGCUACGGAGCGGUACAAGUCGGCGAUAAAUCUGUCGUCGCACAGAGACGGGAACAAACUGGUGGAGCGGACAGCAUCGUCUUCCGCGCUGGAGAAGUCUACGUAUGGCAAGAGCGCACCCGCCCCACGAGAUGAGUACGAUUGGGAACAUGCUCGCGAGUCGCGCGAGGAUAUGCUGGACAGCAACACACGUGACGGUGCAGGGUAUGGGGGAUAUCGUGGAGAUGGUACUGACAGGGAUUAUGGGGAGCGCCCGGGAGCGUUCUCGCCCAGUCUCGGCCCAGCUGAGCAGGCGCUGGCACUCAACGAGCAAGUGCGCCUGCAGCCUUACGCGCACCCUCAGGCACAUACACAGGCAUCCGGCGCAUCGCGGGUGGAGCGCGGAGGGUCUCGGAAGGGGAUGCGCAGAACACCGUCAAUGGCUUACAUGCGCUCGAGAUCGGUGGAAAACACGUCCAUGCCCGUAGCGAACCACUUCAGCCGUAACAGUGCGGCUAACAUACAAUUAGUCGGGACUAACGAGCCCAAACUCUACAGCCGGGCUACUGAGAGGACUGUCGGCGGGGAGGCGGUUGCGUGGUCUCACCCGAACCACUCGGAGCGCAGCCAGAGCCGAGCUGAGAGUGCUGGACAGUCUCGUACCGAGGUUUCGGUUGACGAUCCCAAGGCGUCACACGCACUGCUGCCGGGGGGAAGGAACACGCCCGCACAUCCGCACUCACCCCCACCGCAGGAGAAAUCCAGUGGGAAGACCAAGGGCACUGCGAACGGCAGGCAGCAGCAGGCGACUCGCUUCGCCGAGGGCGGCCGCACUGAACCGGGCCAGGGUCCGCGCGUACCUGCCAGUAGACUUCCCGCGAGGGAGAGCAUGUCGUCGUUGAGCAGCCGGGACGUGGUCUAUAUGCAUCCGCAGGAGCCAGUCUACCCCCCAUUUGCGCGCAGCGGGUUUGGCGCACCGUUUCAGCGCCGCGGACACUCAGAAGCGACGCUGCGCAGCGAGCCGUAUCCGAUGUAUCACGAUGCAUACGAUGUGUAUGGUCGUCCCCUCAAUCCUACCACAGAGCCCAUGUACGCGUAUCCGGCGGCUGCAGGCCACCUGAGUGCGGAAGAUGAGUACCAACACGCGCAGGGGAGCAUGCUUCCCCGCUCGAGACUACCGAUACGCAGCGUCAGCCAGGGGACUAUGUACCAUGACAAUAGCUACACUCAAGGACAUCCAGCCACGUUUGCUCGCAACGUGCGUGAGGUGCGUGGAGAGUAUCAUGACUUUGAGCGGGCACGUCCGCAUUCGGUGCAAGAACAGCGCUUCCUGGUUCAUCCUCAGCACACCCGCCCAGCCAGUGCAGCGGGUGUGUACGAACAACCCUACGCUCACAGCCAGGAGUUCCGUACUUCCGGAAGGGGUGUGUGGGGCGAGGAGGCCCUUGCGUUGACUGAAACACCGGCCGAGUACGAGGCUUUUGGUGACGAGCGCAUGCGGGAGGGCCAGAUGGUGGUGCAUAGUGCCGAUACACACGCACAGAUGUACAACACACACGUGCAUGGGAAUGGAAAGGACGCUCGCAUGCGCAAGGUUUCGGGUGGCCACUUGCCACCCGCUCGAGCCUUGGCGAAGAGUAAGAAAUCCCGCCUCAACCUGCACGAACAGAGCCAGCUGCACGCACAGGAGAUUGCCGGCAACACCAACACGGACGGCGAGGUGAACUCCGAGGGCGACGAGGACAUGGACGGGAUGGAGGUGGAUCUGGACAACCCCAUUCCCUACGCCUGCAAGUGGCCCGGGUGCACCAUGCGCACCAAUGACAUGAACGAGAUGCGCGCGCAUGUGGCCUACCACUCGUCGGCACGCGGGGAUGACGGGCGUAUGUGUGAGACCUGCAAGAGCGAGACACUGGCCGCGGGCAAGCCGCUGAGCUCCAUCAAUGCGAACAACUGCAAGCACACCCGCAACCGCAGAUAUAUGGGCCCCAAGCCGCAUGCCUGCAUGUGGCUGGGAUGCGACAAGCGGUUCCUGACUAAGGGUGAGAGUGAGAGUCACAUGCGCACGCACACUGGCGAAAAGCCCUUUAAGUGCGACUGGGACGGCUGCUCGAAGAGGUUCGCCCAGAAGGGGACGAUGGAGCGUCACGUUCGCACGCACACUGGUGAAAAACCCUUCAGCUGUCCCUAUGAAGGUUGUGACAAGACCUUUGCCCAGAAGGGCAAUCUCGAGGUCCACAGUCGAACACAUACUGGCGAAAGGCCUUAUGAGUGCCAGUGGGGUGGGUGCGAGAAGCGGUUCUCGUACAAGUCUGCGCUGGACUUCCACAUUCGCACGCACACGGGGUACAAGCCAUACCAGUGCACGUGGGAGGGCUGUGGCCGCCGCUUCACCCAGCAAGGCAAUGUGGACAGUCACAUGCGCAUCCACAGCGACAGCAGUGUCUUCACGUGCUCGGUCAAGGGCUGUGGUCUGCACUUUCAGAAUGUGAGUGAGCGUGCGGCGCAUGUGGACACGCACUUCGACAGUGAGGAGGCCGAGACGGCGCACGACGUCAACACCAACACCAACAAGGCUGCCUGAGCAACGCCAGGGUCUAUGACCACUACUGAGGGUGCUCUCGGAUCAUGGGUUUAUGGCUGAUACAGAGUGCCAUACGCAGUAACAUCAAGGAGUAACAUGACCGAAAGCUCCUCCAGCACUAGCGUGGCUGUGACCAGCAGUGAGCUGUAUAUGCGCACUUGCGUCCGGUUGGCACCUUGACCGGAGAACGAGGAAGGGAACAGGUCUGUUACGACUUCUAAAGAGAGGCAGAGGGCAAAUCGGGAAAUUCACCAGAAAGUCAUUAUGGAGACGUAUACCAAGACUACGCGGAAAUAAGUUCCGACUACGGGCUUUUGCUUCAAUGGAAUGGAGCCGAGUAGUAGUUUCGUGCAGGAAUAAUGCUCCCGUAGCGACGAGUAUAUCAAUCAUUAGUUAUUAUAUUGUAUAUUCGAAAGUGCGUGUGUUAGAAAGGGACUCGCAUGGGUAAGAUUCGCCCCAUCCUGAGAUUGGAGGACAAGUAUAGCUGGCCUGGACAUAAGAUCUCCACACACACCCCACACACGCACACAAGCAGAGAAAAAAAAGAAAAGAGAAAGAAAGAAAGGAACCAGAAGAAAGUGAAUCAAUAGUAAGCACCGGACAAGAUUAUACCGGUAUGCAAUGAUGAAUCAUCAAAAAUUAAAGUGUCUAAAUGAAAGAUAGCCGCGCGAUUUUACUCAGAUCAGUAUCAAUUGGAUCGGAAACACUCGCAACGGUCAAGGAAUAACUCGAUC